AUGGAAUCUUCGGAGCUCACCCCAGAGCUAUCUCAGCUCUUCCUAAAAAUCGAGCGCAGCUUCAAAGACACCGAUCUUGGGGAUCAGCGCUGGUAUAUCGUCACUAUUGCCUGCCUCGUGGCCAGUCCGGACCCAGAAGCAUCUGCAGCGCUCUACAGAUAUCUGAUCAGCCAAGACCCCUACCAGACGAGUGAAUCACGCCAAGCCCUCAUACGACGCCUCCGCGAAGCGCUCUUCAAGACGAUCAUCCUUAUCGGGGUGUGCAAACCCCUCGAGGCUAUCAUAUCAAUCAACCAGAUCGAGCGAUCCGAGGACUGCGACUUCAGUAGCAGUUCGCGCGAGGGCUGGCAAGCCGACGAGGCAAACCGCGAGAGGGGUAUGGAGUGGUUCAAGAAGAUCUACACGCGAAAUGCGGGGGAUACGCUGGGUAUGCUGGAUGCGCAUAAGGAUUUCGCCUGGGUCUCGAAGGAGAUUACGUACGGGCUGUUCCUCUCGGAUCGACAAGUGUUGGAUGAUGUUGACACGCAGCUUGUUGUGCUCCCAGCAAUCAUGAGUCAGAAUCUACGGCGGGAGACUCACUGGCAUAUCCGGGGGACGCGACGUAUCGGGGUGUCGAAGGAGGAUGUCCAGGUCAUUUGGGAUUGUGCCAAGGAGAUAGGCAAGUUCUUUGGUAACGAGCUGAACAGGCUGCCAACGGUGGAUGAUGUUGAGCCUGACGUAUAG